AUGGAAGCUGUACUUAACUCUUCAAGGAGAGACAACAUCGGCAGCCCCUCCAAAUGGAUUGGAAUCACUUGUAAUGGAGUAGGAAACGUUGUUCGUAUAAGCCUUCCACAUAGUAAUCUUCGAGGUACGCUUGAAAACUUGAGCUUCACAUCUUUUCCAAACUUACUUACCCUUGUUUUAUCUAACAACUCCAUUUAUGGAAGUAUCCCUUUCCACAUCUGUAACCAUUCGAAACUGACCAAUCUUUGCUUGGAUAUAAAUAAUCUCUCCGGGAUGAUUCCAUCCCAAAUAGGCCUUUUAACAAGUUUGCAACACUUUGACUUGAGUUCCAAUGAUUUAAGUGGAUCUAUACCAUAUGAAAUAGGCAUGUUGAGGUCUCUUAAGGUGUUCAGAGCUUCUAACAAUAGUCUUUUAGGUUCAAUCCCUGCAUCCAUUGGAAACCUAACCAUCUUAACCAUUCUAGACCUUGAUCGUAACAAAAUUUCCAGAUCAAUACUGGAAGAAGUUGGACAUAUUUUAUCAUUGAAUAAAUUACACUUUUAUGGGAACCAGCUCACCGGCUCAAUUCCUGCAUCCAUUGGGACCAUUAAAGUGUUAAAGGAGUUGGACCUAUUUAACAACCAGCUUUCUGGACUUGUUCCCACCACGAUCAGAAACUUGACUAAUCUCAAUGUCCUGGACGUAGGAGUUAAUCAACUAUCUGGCCGUAUACCUCCAGGAAUUGGAAAACUCAGAUCCCUCACAUGGUUAAGCUUUUUCAAUAACAGCAUGAAUGGAUCCAUUCCAUUAGAAAUGGACAAUCUUACAAAUUUGGAGUAUUACCAACUGCAAGCCAAUUCAUUUUCUGGAUAUAUACCAGAUAAUGUUUGUCAUGGUGGGAAACUUUUAGAGUUUUAUGCAGAUGAUAAUAACUUCAUAGGUCCAGUUCCAAAAACCUUGAGAAAUUGCACUAGCUUGAUCAUAAUUCAUCAUGAAGCAAAUCAGCUUACAGGAAAUAUAUCAGAAAUUUUUGGAACAUGCCCAAAUUUGUAUUAUAUGGAUUUGAGUAGAAAUAAGUUUUUUGGUGAGCUUUCUGAAAGGUGGGGAAAAUGCAGUAAUCUUUCUUUGUUGAAUAUCUCUAAAAAUGAAAUUUCAGGUAGGCUACCUCUUGAACUCGGGAAAGCUACUGAGUUGCGUAUACUUGACCUAUCCUUCAAUCAUCUUGCAGGGAAUAUUCCAAAAGAACUUGGCCAAAUGAAAUUGUUAUUCGACCUCAGAUUGAAUAACAAUAGUCUUUCAAACAAAGUUCCAUCAGAGAUUGGAAUGUUGUCAGAACUUAGAAAUCUUGAUCUUUCAAAAAAUAAUCUGACUGGACCAAUUCCUAAAGAUUUAGAUAGGUGCUCCAAGUUAACAGAGUCGAACCUGAGAGAUAACAAAUUUGUUGGGGCUAUUCCAUUCCAAAUUGGUAACUUACACUUUCUUCAAUAUCUAGAUGUAAGUCACAAUUUUCUUGGAGGAGAGUUGCCUUCAAAGCUUGGAAAUCUACAGAGUUUAGAGACAUUACAACUCUCUCACAACAGUCUGUCUGGCUCUAUUCCAUACUCUUACAAUGAUGUGUUGAGUUUGAUAUUUGUUGAUAUAUCAUACAAUCAGUUGGAAGGUCCACUUCCAAAAACCAAAGCUUUUACCAUGGCAGUAUUGGGAAACAAUAAAGGUUUGUGUGGCAAUAAUAUUGAUCUUAAACCUUGCCCAACAAAGAGAAGAAAAGAUAGCAAUGCAACUUUAGUUUUGAUCAUCCUCUCUAUUGUAUGCUUUAUAAUUUCAUUGCUUAUCAUUGUUGGAAUAAUUUUCAUCUACCGAAUGAAAGAGGAUGCCGUGGAUGAGCCAAGAGCAGCACCAAUUGAAACUUACUUUGCAACAUGGAACUAUGAUGGGAAAAAUGUACAUGAAGAAAUACUUAAAGCCACACAGAACUUUGACUCCAAAUAUUGCAUUGGAGUUGGGGGAUAUGGGUGUGUCUACAAGGCACAAUUACCAACAGGUGAAGUUGUUGCUAUAAAGAAAUUCCACAAAAGCGAUUGA